GAACGGGACGCAUCCCAAUCCCCUUCUCCCUCUCUCCUAUAUAACCACCUCGCCCCCGCUCGCGCGAUGGAUCGUCAGCGAGCUCACUCCCGGCAUCACCCGUCGAUCGAUCGAUCGGAGCUGCAUGCAUUCGAUCAGCAUCAGCUGGUAGGUAGCUAGAGCUUCUUAGCUACUCCAUAGCUAUAGCAUGAGCUGCAACGGGUGCCGCGUGCUGCGGAAGGGGUGCAGCGACGCGUGCGUGCUGCGGCCCAGCAUCGAGUGGAUCGACGGCGCCCAGCCGCAGGCCAACGCCACCGUCUUCGUCGCCAAGUUCUUCGGCCGCGCCGGCCUCGUCGCCUCCCUCGCCGCCGUCCCUCUCCACCACCGCCCUGCGCUGUUCCAGUCGCUUCUAUACGAGGCGUGCGGUCGGACGAUCAACCCGGUGAGCGGCGCCAUCGGGCUCAUGUGGACGGGCAACUGGGACCUCUGCCAGGCCGCCGCCGACGCCGUCCUCCGCGGCGACUCCCUCAGCGCGCUCUCCGCCGUGCCCGCCGCAUUCACCGACCGCGACAUGGCCGGCCUCUACGGCAACGUCGGCGGCGCGUCCUCCUCCUCCUCGCCCGCGGCGGAGAACUCCUCGGCCUCCGCACCGGGCGGGCCCCGGAGGAAGCGAGCCAGGAACAACGGCGCCGGCGAGCGCGGACACCAGCAGCAGGCCGCCGAUCAUCAUCGCCAGCUGCCGCCCGCGGUGCUGCUGCAGUCGUGCGAGCUGGACCUCUGCCUCACGCCGGUCUCGCCGCUGUCGGCCGGCGGCGGGGGGCGGGCGCAGCUGGCAGCUGGCGGCGCCGGCGCGUCGGACGAGCACUCGACGACGACGUGCGAGGAAGCCAGCGGCGACGCCGACGCCGGGGCGCCCACGCUGCUGAAUCUCUUCAGCUGAUCGAUCGAGCAUGCAGGUGCUGCACGUACCUAGCUGGACGUAAUUGUAAGCUAGCUAGCUAAGCUUGUAACAACUGUGCAGAGAGAGAGAGAGAGAGAGAGGUGUGGGGGGGGGGGGCGAUUAAUUAGUUGCAUCUGUGUCGAUUAGUUAAGCCUUUUUGGUCGUUGUGCAACUAAAUUGGUUUUGUAGUGAUCGACGACGGCGCUGCAAACAGUUAACUUAAAAUCUAUCCAGCGCAUAGCACUGUUCUGUCUUAUUACAAGA